ACGCGCAAUAUAAGGUAAAAUAUAUUUCGUGCGUGAUUGACUAUAUUAAGUGCUCCACGUGUAAAAUGCCAGGCGAUCGUGAUAUUGUAGUAAUUAGUGCGUGCGUGAUCGUAAUUAAUUGUUUUCGCGAGUGAGUAUUGAUGAGCUCUGAAAAGGACAAACACAUCCUGUGUAUAUGUAUAUGAAAGCAGCAAAAGAUGGGCAAUGCAAGGGGAAAAGAGGAAGCAUCGAAGAGUCAGCAAAGCAACUAUCGAUUUGUUCUAUUCGUAUUGGUGCUUUCGACUUUGCUUUUGGUCAAUGCAAAACCAGACGGAUAUGCACACUCUUUCCAACAUUUUCACGGGCCAGUGAUGGGCGACGAACAUGAAGUCACCUGGAACGAUGAUCAUGGACGUCACCACGAGGACUAUGUCGCUCAUCCCCAUUAUACCUUUUCAUACGGGGUCGAGGACCACCAUACAGGCGAUUAUCACGGUCAAAAGGAGCAUAGGGACGGCACAGAAGUGUUCGGGGAGUAUACUGUAAAGGAACCAGAUGGCAAUAUCAGAAUAGUGAAGUAUCAGGCGGGCAAGGACGGAUUUCAUGCUCAAGUGUACAACAGCCACCGAAAGGAUCAUCAUAAUCAUGAUCAUCGUUAGUCCACGCGGCUCAAUAUUACUUUCUAUCAAACUUUGCCUUAUUCUAUUCGAACUUAUUUUUACGUAUGUAAAAACUUAGUUACGUAUUAGUAUGUAUUUAGUUGUUUUAUAUCCAUUGUUUUUGACAUUGAAUAUCGUUAAUAAACGUUUAAUUUAUAUACACUCAUUAAAAGAAUAGUUAAGUACCUUAAUUGUUUCAAUUUCCAUCUUUUUAACGAAGAUUUACGGCUAUUUUCAUGAUAGACUUAUAAAUUGCCUUUCAAU